CUUUGUCCCCUUCCCCAAUUCUCCCUUUUCAAAUUUUUAGGGUUUCCUAUUCCCAAUAAUUCAACUAUGGGUUCACUCGCCGAUCCCGGCGAACUCGACUCCGUGGAGCCGCCGCAGCAGCAGCCGAGUUUCGAUGAGUUCCAGCGACAAACUUCUCUAAUGACAAGUUGUACUCUUCUCUGGAAGGAACUUUCCGAUCAUUUCACUUCACUUGAACAAGAUAUCCUCAAAAAGUCGGAAGCUUUGAAAGCUAAAAUCCAAACUUUGGAUUCCGAAACCAAAGCAUCUCUUGAAGUUCUGGAACAGCGUGAGACUUCAAUGAAUGUUUCACUUUCAAUUGCUUUGCAGAAAGUUGUUGAGAACAAAAAAGCUGCUAUUUUGGCUUUUGAUGAGGGUGUGGAGCAACCAGAAGUGGAUGAUUCUACUGGAUUGUUGUUAAAAUUGAAGAGUUUUUGUGUUAAGAUGGAUUCUAGAAGUUUCUGGAACUUUCUGACGGCGAAGAAGAAGGAUUUGGAUUCGCUUAGGGUUGAAAUCCCGAAAGCGUUGGGGGAAUGUGUGGAUCCGCCUAGGUUUGUGUUGGAAUCGAUAUCGGAGGUGUUUCCGGAGGAUAAGAGGGAAGAGAGGAAUGAAAGGAACAAUGAUUUGGGAUGGGCUUGUGUUUUGAUGUUGGAAUCGUUGAUUCCGGUGAUGAUGGAUCCUGUUUUGGGGAAUGAGAGGAAAUUGGUGACUCCAAGUGUGAAGGAUAAGGCUAAUGAGAUUGCGGAGAUUUGGAAGAGGAGUUUGGAUGAAAGAGGUGGGAUUGAGAAUGUGAAGACACCAGAUGUGCAUACUUUCUUGCAGCAUUUGGUGACUUUUGGAGUUGUGAAGAAUGAGGACUUUGAUUUGUAUAGGAAGCUUGUUGUUGGGUCUGCUUGGAGGAAACAGAUGCCUAAACUGGCUAUCUCACUUGGACUUGGUGAUAAAAUGCCUGAAAUGAUUGAAGAACUGAUCAGCCGGGGACAGCAAGUUGAUGCCGUACAUUUCACUUAUGAAGUUGGACUUGCAGAUAAGUUCCCUCCUGUUCCUCUUCUGAAAGCUUUUCUAAAAGAUGCGAAAAAGGCUGCUGCUGCAAUUCUGGAAGAUCCAAAUAAUUUUGGUCGAGCUGCGCAUUUUGCUGCUAAGAAAGAGCAAUCAGCAAUUCGUUCUGUUCUCAAGUGCAUUGAAGAAUACAAGCUUGAAGCUGAAUUUCCACCAGACAACCUUAAGAAGCAGCUUGAGCAAUUGGAGAAGCCCAAGAAUGAGAAGAAGAGGCCAGCUGCUGUACCAGCAAACAAAAGAACGAGAGCCAAUAAUGGUGGUCCUAUGCCUCCUGCUAAGGCAGGCCGUUCAACAAAUGCCUAUGUUUCAUCUUUCCCUGUAGCUCCAGCGUUUGUUAGGUCUCCACCACACACCCAAUACCCUCAAGCAGUUCCAGCAUAUGCCUCACCACCAGCCAUCUACGGUAGCAGGAGCCCACCUUACCCUUACUCUCCAGAAGCUGCCCCCUAUCCAGGCACCCCAGUGAACUACUCUCCAUAUGGAGGCUACUGCAAUGGAAUGGCCCCAGCUUACCAGCAAGCUUACUACCGAUAGACAUAACAUGAAUCUAAACUGGUGACAACUGAUAUGAUGACCCAAUCUAAAUUUCUUUCUUUAUAUGGCUUGUAAUCAGUAAUCACUAACCUUUAAUGGUAGCUUUAUGUGUGUGUUAAUUC